AAAAAAAAAAAAAAAAAAGAAUGGCUCUCGCAAAUGCAACUUUUGCAGAAAUACUGGACGAUUUAUCAAGAAGAAGAACUAGCAUCCGUUGAAAGAAUUUGUUUUCAAAUCGAACAAGCACAUUGGUUUUAUGAAGAUUUUGUUAGAGAACAAAAUCCAAGCUUGCCUAGCUUCAACUUAAAAAACUUUUCGGCAAAAUUUUUUAAGCAUUGUCCUUUAUUACAUCAAUGGUCUCACGAGCAUGAAAAGGCUUUUGCUGAUUUUAUGCAGUACAAAAUUAGAGUUCCCGUGUGCGGGGCAAUUAUGUUAAAUGAUACUAUGGAGAAGUGUGUAUUAGUAAAAGGAUGGUCUUCUCGUUCGGGAUGGGGUUUUCCCAAAGGAAAAAUAAAUAAGGAUGAACCUGAUUCUACCUGUGCUGCUAGAGAGGUUUUGGAAGAAACAGGAUAUGAUAUUUCUCCUUUAAUCAAAGAGCAAGAUUACGUUGAAUUAACGAUUCGUGAACAACGUAUACGCCUUUAUAUCGUUGUAGGUGUCUCGGAAGAUACCGAAUUUUGUCCGAAAACACGGAAAGAAAUUAAAGAUAGAAUGGCAUAAGGUUGCCGAUUUACCAACGUGGAUUAAAAGUAGAGAUAGAGACACUCCAUAUCAUUGUGGAGGAGGUUGUGUGAAAUAUGGAAGUAGUAGAUUUUAUAUGGUCGUCCCAUUCGUGA